AUAAAUAGGAGGAACCCCAGCCGUGCCACACAGCGGUGUCCAGCUCAGGCUCGCUCCGGCUCUUCUCCCUCCAGCCUCGCUGAGAUCCCAGCUCGGCCCCAGCCAUGAGGUUCCUCUGCCUCGUCCUCGCCGUCUUCCUGCUGGUCUCCCUGGCCGCCCCAGGCUACGGGCAGGUGAAGAAGUACUGCCCCAAGGUCGGGUACUGCUCCACCAAGUGCUCCAAGGGGGACGUGUGGUCCCUGUCCUCCGACUGCAAGUUCUACUGCUGCCUGCCGCCCAACUGGAAGGGGAAAUAAGGGCUGGGCAAGGAGCCCCCGGGGACGAGGAGGCAGCUCGGUGGCUUUGGGAGCGGCAUCUCGACUGUCGAGCCCAACUGUCAUCCCCUCCUCUCGAUAAAUAAAAAGAGAAAAAAAAGAUGUAA